AUGUUUUUUCCGGUGAGACCUAAUCAACCCAAGAAGUCGAAAUCUUCCUCGAAAACCACCAUCACCACCAAGAACGGUCUGAAGCGCUCGUCCCACGGACGGUCCUCCCGCGUCUCAACCAAGGAUCCCGAGCCAGAACCAACGGCUGGCUCCUCCACUUCCUCCAUCUCGCACACCGCACCCCACCGUAGGGCCUCGAUGCCGGGUGUCGACACCGCAAGCCGAUCGGGCACCGCCUCUUUCCUGGAGUCCAGGACGAGUCUCCCCUACCCUUCCUUCUCGAAAGCCCAUAGCAAGGAAGAUGUCCGCAAGGCCAAUAUUCCGACCCCGGAUCCGACCGACUUGACCGAACAACAGGACGAUGGCAAGGCCAAUGGAGGAGGCCAGGACCGCCCUGAGAACCACCAUGCCCCUCCCAGCCCGCCGUUGACCGGUCUCGAUGACCAGCCGUCUUCUCGGAGGGGGAGUCCCGUUGUUGGCGAAGACGAGAAAGGAUCGGACAAGGACAAGGAAAAGGAAAAGGAAAAGGCCAAGAAGGCCAACAACAUCAAGAUCCGGGCCGAGGUCAACAGAUCGUCAUCUAGUCUGCGAUCCAAGCGGGAUGAGGGAACCAAAACAAGCAAGACUGCGCGUGCAGAUACUCCCAAAUCUAAAUCCUCGAAGACCGAGAAGGAAUCUUCGUCCCGAUCGAGUCAUAAGUCCAGUUCUAAGUCGAAGCCCGGUGAAAAAGAGAGGGAAAAGGAAAGAAAACCGGCCAAGCGUUCCAGUCGGUCGACCAUGUCGCCGUCCCAUUCCAACAUAACCGUCCGCGAUGUAGGCGUCGAGUCAGUCAACGGAUCCGAUGCCACCUCAAUCGCCCCCAACCAGCAAUAUACCGCACCACGAAAACCUACCACCCCGCCGACAAAGCCUCCCUCGCGCAAUCAAGUCCGAUCAUCCAUGUCCCACCGACACGCACCCAGCGACGACUCGAUCGAUUAUGGCAGACCCAUCGUGUCUAGCCCGGGCUUCGGUGCACCACCUCCCCCGCCACCCCCGCCCGAAAUGCCCGUUUCCAUUCCGAGAGUCGACUAUUUGUUGAAAGAUGGCGGUCUGGAUAACAAAGUACCGAGAACACUUCUAGGUAACACUGGUGUUCCAGAUCCCUUUGCGUCGAACGCUACACAGCCUCAGCUGGCUGCCGCGAGAGUAUUCGACCCGUAUAACCGUCUGCUCGAUGAGUACCAAAAGGUAAUGAGCAAAAAUGGCUCGCUUGCCGUUGCGACGGGAUACCGAUCUGUAGCUCGACGACUGCUUGACCGACUAGAGGCUGUGUUUGCCCGUGACAUCUCAUCAGAACCCUGCAGCUGUUUCAUGUGCGAUCGUCAGAAGGAAGAGCCACAGGAAGGUGUGAGCUGGGGAGAGGUCUUGGAGCUUGUCUCGGGACGGCGAGAGCUACCCAUGUGGCCGCCGUUCAUCAUGGCACCCUCAAACAUGGAUUCCGACAUACCCAGCGAGGAACACAUCCCUAUGCAAAAGCUCGAUGUCGAUGUUCCUGAAGAGUACCGAGAUCACUUCAUCCGGCAGUCCCGCAAGACAAAGGUGGCGGUGGAUAAGUGGCUUUCGGAGCAAAAUGACGACCAGGUCACGAGUGCCCCGAUGGAGGUUGAUGAUGAGACAUUGACCUUUGCCAUGCUUACCCACCUUGAGUCCCACCAGCGCUCACUCUUCUGCUCCUUGCUCGGCAUCAACUCCUCGACUCCCGUCCCGCGGUCUGGAGAUGAAAAGCCUCGUCAGAAACCUCCUGCGCUUGUUUCCUCUUCGUUGGCGAUUCAAAGAUUGUAUCGACUCUCCUCCCUUCCUCGCGAUCCUGAAACCGCCAUGUUCAUGCUGAACAACCCUAAUCUCCACCAUGUUCUAGCCACCCUCGCGGCCAUCAGCGACGACGAAUGGGAGAUUUUGAUAUCUGGUCGUUUCGACGGCUUCCUCCGCAGCGGUGCCGAAGACAAUAUCCCUCCGAGCGGUCCACGCUGGAAUGGCAGCCGCUCCAAUACACCCUUCAGCACCGGCGGAAUCUCCCGCGGCCCAACUCCCAACUAUAUGGAUGGCAGCUUCAGGCCCGCCAGCGUACCCAAUGGCGGUCCUUCAUCCCCCGCCUCUUUCGGCGGUCCAAUUGCACUAGAUGAAGAACAGGAGAUUGCCGCGCUAGCAGAAGUCGAGCGAGACAUCUUCCUGGGCAUGGAAGCUCUAGAGGACGCAUUUGAAGCUCUACACCUCAAAGCCGAAGUUGUCCGCCGCGCCCUCCGCGAACGCGGCGCCGGCCUCUCCGUCGCAAACCAAAGCCGGCGAGGCUCCUACGUCGAAGCGCGAAUGGGCACACCCUUCUCAAACGCCUGGGAAAGCGGAACAGACGACGGCUUCCUGGACGACGACCGCUCGCUGGCCCCCGAUGACUCAGCAAGUAACAUCAGCUCCAACCGUCGCCGCCGACCAAAGCGACGAACCGAGCGACGCACGCCUGCGCCGGUCGAAGAAGAAGACGAGGAGAGUGAUCGAGAAUACGCUGCGCGUCGAGACUCGCGGAACUCGCGGCGGAAAUGA